CCGGCCCGGCCCGGCCGGCGAGGGCCCGGCGGCCCCGGGGGAGGAGCGGGCCUUCCGGCCGCGCGGGAGCGUCACGGGAAGGGGGCGGUGCGUCCCCGGCGCUCGGUUCGAAGCGGGGCGGCGGCGGCGGCGCGGGAUGGAGAGCGGGGAGGCAGCGGCAGCACCCGCGGGGGGCCGGUUCCCCUUCCCCUACACGCCCUACCUCAUCCAGGAGCGGUUCAUGGCGGCGCUGUACGGCGCGCUGGAGGCCGGCCGGGUCGGCAUCUUCGAGAGCCCCACGGGCACGGGAAAAUCACUGAGCCUCAUCUGCGGGGCCCUCUCCUGGCUCCGGGACUUCCAGGAGAAAAAGCAGCAGGAGGAAGCGAGACUUCUGGCGCUGGAGGAGAGCGGGCAGGAGGAGAAGAAGAAGAAGCAGCAGCUGACUUCAGCCGAGCCGGGAGACCCGGAGAGCAAGGACACGGCUGGGGAACCGGACUGGGUUACGGCAUUUGUGCAGAAGAAAGAAGAGCGGGACAUGGUGGACAGGCUAAAGGAAGAGCAGAUCAGGAGGAAAAAGCGAGAAGAACGUCUUGAGAAAAUCCGCCAUAACGUGCAGUUAAAAUAUGCAGCAAAGAGGAAGAGAUCUGAGGAGGAUGAGACAAAACGUCUUCUUCAGCUCAGCAAGGAGGUUCUUUCAGAGGGCGCUGGAGCGGAUGUUGUAGAGCAGCUGGAUCACAACGAGGAGGAGCUGAUUCUUGCUGAGUAUGAGAGUGACGAAGAAAAGAAAGUGGUAACUGGGCUGGAAGAUGAUGAUGAUGAUUUGGAAGAGGAGCAUGUGACUAAGAUUUAUUACUGCAGCCGCACUCACUCCCAGCUGUCUCAGUUUGUGCGGGAGGUGCAAAAAAGUCCUUUUGGCAAAGACACACGUCUGGUUUCCUUGGGAUCCAGGCAGAACCUGUGUGUGAAUGAGGAGGUGCGACGCUUGGGGGCUCUCCAGCUCAUCAAUGACCGCUGCAUGGAGAUGCAAAAGAACAAACAUGAAAAGAAGAGUGAUGAAGAGAUGGAAGGGAAGAAGAGACGUGUGAGUCGCACUGUAUGCCCAUUUUAUUCCUAUGAGCAAAUGCAGUUUCUCCGUGAUGAAGUUCUAGUGGAAGUGAAGGAUAUUGAGCAGUUGGUGGCUUUGGGAAGGGAGACCAAAGCCUGCCCAUAUUAUGGGAGUCGAUACGCCAUUCCUGCUGCUCAGCUGGUGGUGCUGCCCUAUCAGAUGCUCUUGCAUGAGCCUACCAGGAACGCUGCUGGGAUCAAGCUGAAGGACCAGGUCGUAAUCAUUGAUGAGGCCCACAACCUCAUAGACACCAUCACCUGUAUCCAUAGUGCGGAGGUCAGUGGCUCUCAGCUGUGCUGUGCCCACUCCCAGCUGUUGCAGUACAUGGAGCGGUACAGGAAACGUUUGAAGGCAAAGAACUUGAUGUACAUUAAGCAGAUCCUGUAUUUGCUGGAGCAGUUUGUGGCCGUGCUGGGAGGUAAUGUGAAACAAAAUCCUAACUGUCAGGCAGUUUCCCAAACAGGGACAGUGCUAAAAUCCAUCAAUGACUUUCUAUUUCAGAGCCAGAUUGACAAUAUCAACCUCUUCAAGGUUCAGCGUUACUGUGAGAAGAGCCUCAUCAGUAGGAAGCUUUUUGGGUUUGUGGAGCGAUAUGGAGGCCCUGCCACAGCUGUGAAGACCAACAAGGAGAACCAGAAGUUGGCUGGCUUGCAGAACUUUCUUCUGACCCUCCAGCAGGGAUCUGAUAAAGAAGGUACUCCCCAGAGCCCUCCCGUGGAGCCUGAGAAUGAGCAGCUCCGAACUGCCUCUCCACUGAUGCAGAUUGAAGGAUUUCUCUCAGCCCUCACAAAUGCAAACCAAGAUGGCCGAGUCAUUCUCAACAGGCAAGGCACAGUUGGUCAGAGCAGCCUGAAAUUCCUCUUGCUGAAUCCAGCUGUCCACUUUGCCAAGGUGGUGGAAGAAUGCCGUGCUGUAAUCAUUGCUGGGGGCACCAUGCAGCCGGUGGCUGAUUUCCGAGAGCAGCUGCUGUCCUGUGCCGGCGUGGACCCUGCUCGUGUCGUGGAGUUCUCUUGUGGACAUGUGAUUCCUCCGGAAAACAUUUUACCCAUAAUCCUCUGCAGUGGUCCUUCCAACCAGCAGCUGGAGUUCACCUACCAGACAAGGGACCUGCCCCAGAUGAUGGAUGAGACGGGUCGAAUCCUUUGCAACCUGUGCAACGUGGUCCCAGGGGGUGUGGUCUGUUUCUUCCCCUCCUACGAAUAUGAGAAGCAGGUGUACGCACACUGGGAGAAGACGGGGCUGCUCACCCGCCUGGCGGCUAAGAAGAAGAUCUUUCAGGAGCCAAAGAAAACCAACCAGGUGGAGCAGGUGCUGGUGGAAUACGCUAAGUGCAUAAAGCGCUGCAGCCAGGCAGGAGGACAGAUGACGGGAGCCCUGCUGCUUUCUGUAGUUGGAGGCAAAAUGAGCGAAGGGAUCAACUUCUCUGAUGACCUGGGAAGGUGUGUGAUUAUGGUGGGAAUGCCUUACCCCAACAUUAAAUCUCCAGAGCUCCAGGAAAAAAUGACUUGGCUUGACAAAACAAUGCCCAGAGCUGCUGGCCAGGCACCUAGCAGAGUGCUGAUUGAAAACCUGUGCAUGAAGGCAGUAAACCAGUCGAUAGGCAGAGCCAUUCGCCAUCAGAAGGACUUUGCAAGCAUCCUGCUCCUGGACCACAGGUACGCACGCCCCGCCAUCUUUAACAAACUGCCGCAGUGGAUCAGGGAGAGAACCCAGGUGAAACCUGCGUUUGGAUCAGCGUUUGCAGAGUUAAGAAAGGUCGGAACUUUUAUCUUAUGUACUGCUACCAAAACUGUUUCCUGCUGUACUCACCUGUACUUUCCUCAAACCUUCACUUUAGAGUAAGGCCAGAGGCAAACUGUCUUGUUUUGUGUGUUCCUAGUUCCAUCGAGGGAAGUCGGAUGCUUUUGUGAUGCAGACCAGAGAACAGGCUCUAGAGUCAACUCUGUGAGCUGCACCUCUGAAGCAACACAAAUUCCUGCUUUUCUGUACCAAGGAGUUUGUGAAUCUCCACCUUCUGCCUUCUUUGAGGAUGUUUGCUGUUCAGUAGCUGAGCACUAUGACGCUGAGACAGCCUUCAGUCCCAUAACCAGGAGGGAAACUGGUUGUAGGUCUGAGGCGGGUGAAGGUCGUAGCGGUAGGCUUCCAUUUGUUUACAGCUGUUAAGGUUUUAUUUAAAUUGAUUAAAUAUUUUCAACCCGAA